GAGUUAAGAUACUACUAGCGUAACAAAAGCACUUUACGCGACCUUCGAUAAUCAAAUCGCGUUCCCUCAAACAAAGUUACCAAAUAACAAGUUCCGGUCUCAACUCGCCAUUGUUGAACAAUUUGCCAACAACAACAAAAAUCUCAAAAUGGCUUCUAACAACGAUGUCGCAGAUGAAAUCCCCCCUCAAAUUAAUCCAUACGAAGUUCUUGGUAUUGAGAAAACUGCCUCUGAAGAUGAGAUCAAACGCGCAUAUCGCAAAAGCGCUUUGAAGCACCAUCCAGACAAAGCACCAGAACAUCUCAAAUCUGAUUCGCAUACCAAAUUUCAAGAAAUUGCUUUCGCAUAUGCUAUCCUCUCCAAUCCAAACCGUCGCAAGCGCUAUGAUCGUACCGGAUCGACCUCUGAGUCUGUCGAUGCUGACGGAUUCUCCUGGACCGAAUUUUAUUCCGAGCAAUACAAAGACGUUGUUACUACUGAUGCCAUUAAUCAAUUCGCCAAUGUUUACAAAGGUUCUGACGAGGAGAAAGAUGAUUUGCUCAAUGCAUAUACUAAAUACGAAGGAAAAUGGGGAAAGAUGUAUCAAGUCAUUAUGUUAAGUGAUCCAGUUGAGGAUGAAGAACGAUUCCGCGGGAUCAUUGAGGAAGCAAUCAAAACUGGAGAAGUCGAGGAAUAUGCUGUCUUUAGGAAGGAAACUAAGGCUUCGAAGGAUAGAAGAAUGAAGAAGGCUAGAGCGGAGGAGAAAGAGGCUGCGAAGGCUGCGAAACAAAUGGGUGUUGAUAAAUUGUUGAAGGGAUCUAGUGGGGAUGUACCGGAGCAAAGUAAGAAGCAAAAGAAAAAGGUCCCUGGCCAUAUGGAUGACCUGGCGGCUAUCAUUCAGGCCAGACAGGCUUCAAGGGGUGGCUUUUUCGAUAAUUUAGAGGCAAAAUAUGGCGGAAGCAAAUCGGCCAAGGGUCCUGCUGAGCUGAGUGAAGAAGAGUUUCAAAAAAUUCGAAACGGUCUAGGGAAGAGCAAGGAUAAAGCCAAGGGCAAGGGAAAGAAAAGAGUAUUUGACUCCGAGGAUGAGGUUGAAGAAGAUGAAAAACCGGCACCAAAGAAGAAGUUAUCGAGAGGCAAGAAGAGAGAACUCGAGGUAGAGCAAGAAGACGAAGACGAAGAUGUAGAAAUGGACGACGUUGGCGAUGACUUUCAAGCAGAAGAAGCUGAGGAAGACGAAGAAGAAGUCGAGUCUGAGCCUGAGCUUAAGAAAUCGGCUUCUAAGAAAAGAGCAAAGAAGCAACCAACUCGGCAAUCCAAGCGCGGAAAAACAGCUCGGGCAUGAUUUUAUGAAUAGGGAAAUGGAGUUUGCGAGGAUUUGGUCUUUUCAUAUAUGGUCGGAUGGAUACAACAUUCAUAGAAGAAGGCGUCGAUAACUACAAUGAUUUUUUUAAUGCGAAGAUUUACCCAUUUUUACUUUUAACAAAAAACACAACUCCAUAAAUGUGUAUGCAUUUGAUUCCA